GCGCUCUGUGCUUUUGGCGCGGUCUUGAUAGCGGUGUCGGCCAUCUUGGAAUCACAACCUUGUUUCAUGCAACUGUCUGAGGCGUUGCAUGGUCCUGCGACUCAUUGAAAGACACCGUCAGUUUAGGAGAUACGCCGUUUAUUUGUUCGCAUUCAACGAAAACCGCGGAUAAGCUUGUUUUCUAUUUGCGCUUUUAGCGGUGAAGCAAACUCGGGAUUAUCGAAAGAACCAUUAUGGCGACUGCAACUCCAAGUCGUGAAGCUGGCCGGCCGGCGGCCUCUACUCCUCUCUCCCCGACCCGGAUCUCUCGAUUGCAGGAGAAACAAGACCUGCAGCACCUGAACGACCGACUCGCCGUCUACAUCGACCGAGUCCGGUCAUUGGAGCUGGAGAAUGACCGGCUGAUCGUCAAAGUGUCCGAGAAAGAGGAGGUGACUACUAGAGAGGUGGCAGGCCUGAAGUCUCUGUAUGAGGCAGAGUUAGCUGAUGCUCGACGUGUUCUGGACGACACUGCUAAAGAGAGAGCCAGGCUCCAGAUAGACCUGGGCAAGGCUCAGGCUGACCUGGAAGAAGCCACGCGCAGUGUCAAGAAGAAGGAUGGUGAUCUUGCUGCAGCACUCUCCAGGGCCAGUGGUUUGGAAGGCCAGCUUCACAAGAGUGAAGCAGCUCUUUCUACAGCUGUAAGCCAGAAUGCUGCUCUGACUUCUGAGCUGGCUGAUGUCAAGAGCCUGCUGGCUAAGGCAGAGGACAGCCAUGCUGUUGCUAAGCGCCAGCUGGAGGCAGAGACACUGAUGCGUGUAGACUCGGAGAACCGUUGUCAAUCACUGAGUGAGGAGCUGGAGUUCAGGAAGAGCAUGUUUGAAGAGGAGGUGCGUGACUCACGGCGUCGACAGGAGCAGAGAAUCGUGGAGGUGGAUUCUGGAGUCAGACAGGACUAUGAGUUCAAACUGGCGCAAGCUUUACAGGACUUAAGGAAGCAACAUGACGAGCAAGUUUUUCUCUAUAAGGAAGAACUGGAGCAAACCUUCCAGGCCAAGUUGGAAAAUGCCAAAGUGUCCUCAGAGAUGAAUGACAGGGCAGUGAGCACAGCCAGGGAGGAGGUGCAGGAGUCCCGUAUGAGAAUAGAGAGCCUUGGAUAUCAGCUGAGUGCCCUGCAGAAACAGGUGGCUGCCUCAGAGGAUCGUAUCAGAGAGCUAGAAGAAAUUCUGUCAGCAGAGCGUGACAAGCACCGUUAUGCCAUCGAAGCAAAAGAACAGGAGAUGAGUGAACUGAGAGAGAGGAUGAACACUCAGCUCAGUGAAUAUCAGGAGUUGCUGGAUGUGAAGCUGGCUCUUGAUAUGGAGAUCAAUGCAUACAGGAAACUGCUGGAGGGAGAGGAGCACAGACUGAAGCUGUCCCCCAGCCCAACAGCUCGAGUCACUGUUUCCAGGAAGACAGGAUCUUCUUCCUCGCACUCAUCCAAGAGGAAGAGAGCGGAUGCUAAGGAAGUGUCCGAUGUGGCAAGAGGAGAGGACCAGCUGCUAGUGUCGGAAGAGGCCACAGCUAGUGGAGCAGUCACCAUAUCACCCACUGACAUGGAUGGAAAUGCAGUCACACUGACUAAUGAUACUGAGCAGGACCAGCCUUUGGGCAACUGGAGGUUGAAGAGACAGGUUGACGAUGGGGACGAGAUUGUCUACAAGUUCUCCCCAAAGUUUAUCCUCAAGGCUGGACAGUCAGUCACGGUAUGGUCUGCUGAUGCCGGCGUUGCCCACAGUCCCCCAUCUGACUUGCUGUGGAAGAGCCAGGCUUCCUGGGGCACAGGAGAUGACAUAGUGACUUCUUUGAUCAACAAUGAUGGCGAGGAGGUGGCCAGGAGGAGUGUAAUUAAGACUCAGCUGGAGGUAGAGAACGGAGAGGAAGAGGAGGAAGAAAUACAGACAGGCAAGGUGUCAUCCAGAGAGUGCGCCAUCAUGUGAAGCCUUCCUGCUCUGCUGAUGGCUUUGACUCCCCCACUCUAUCAGAUAUGAUCCUGUCUAGUGCUUCAUCAUUUGGUGUUUUUAUUGUCCAAGACAAUGUAAGAACCUUUUGGACAAAUAGGCUCCCUUUUUACUGCUCUCUAUAUUUUGGGCCUGCUUUAAUAUGAAUAAUUUCCCUAAAUGUAACUUCACAAUGCCAUCAUGUGUGCGCCAAGCAAAGAUGACGGAUCCAAACUGUCAGACUGUGGUGUUACAGCUGAAUAUUCACACUCCUGCGAUUAGUACUCUACAUGCUCAGAUUUAUUUCAUUCAUCAUUGCAAACAUUUCAGUUUGCGUUAUGAUCAACUAAAAAUACCCUUUUGUUGUUAAGAUAAGGACCUACUAUCUAUAGCCAUGAAGAUAGAAUGAAUGAAUAACUUGAGUGUUAAACAUGUCAUGAGAAAAAUGUCUUCUCCCUCCAAAAUCAAAACAUUUUGUUUAACAAUAGGCCUUGCAUUGUCUCCCAUCUAUAACGUGCAUGUGUGGUUACCCAGAUAAACUUCUCUCCGCACAUUUUACUUGCAUAUUUUCAUUCAUCCUCAUUUGAAGAUGAAUAGAAAUACAGUUAUAAUUGGGGUUUUAUUGAUUCGUUAAUCAUAGCCUUUUGAAAUUCAGCUUUCUUUUGUGAUUGUGCUAAAAACAUAAUUCCCCUGAAGAAAACUUAGCGUGUGUUUGACUGCAGUAGAAGACCACUAAGAAUAUAUAAUCCAAAUCUUUGUUAUUACAUGGCCUGCUCUCAGAAUCCUGAUCACACUCCUGAAGCAGGUCCACACUCCAUCCUUCUGCUGUGUCUCAGUCUCCUGUUCCUUCACUCUGCUUUACCUCUGGAAAGAAAGCAGUGACACUUGAUUGUUCAUCUGAUCGGCCUUACUUGGCAGAACUGAAUAAAACUAGAGACAAACAUUUGAAACUUAA